AAAAUCCCCUUCUUUUCGCUUCCAUCCCAACCAACCUAACAUCCCCCCCCCCCCCAAACAACACUGCUUGGUUUUCUAUCUCUUUUAUCUUCCACUCCCAGUGAGAAAACCAUGACUGUUGUUUCUAUUUUCAAGCUGGCUCUUUUCUUCACGCUUACAUCCACUCUAGUUACUAUUUCAUUGCAGCAGGAGCAACCUCUCCUCCUCAACUCGGCUGAGCAGGACUCAGUUUACCAAGUUCUCUCCUCCAUCAACUCAGCCACCAAUUGGCGGACUCUCUUCCCUGACGACCUCUGCUCUUACCCUCCUCACGGUGUUGUUUGUGAUUAUUUCACCGACCCAACAACGAAGAACGUUACGGUCCAUGUCACGGAACUGAGUUUCGGGUACGUUUCCGAUUUUACACCAAACCCAUCUUGCUCUCCAAACUCCACUUUCAGCCCUCUCCUCUUCACUUCCUUCAAACAUCUACGCAAGCUUUUCUUCUACCAAUGCUUCACCCAAACCCAAGCUUUUGUCCCCGAUAUCCCCACAACUUUCGGCUCCUCUCUUGAAGAGCUUGUGUUUAUAAACAACCGAGCUUUUGUUGGUCCUCUCAGUAGCAUCACCGGAAAUUUCACAAGUUUGAGGAGGUUGGUUUUGUCCGGAAAUGGAAUUCAUGGAGCUAUCCCAAAUGCAAUCGGUGAUUUGGCUAACAUUGAAGAGAUAACACUGUCGAGAAACAAGCUUAGUGGAAAGGUUUCUGUUAAUCUGUCUAAGCUAAAGAAGCUGAAAAUUCUCGACUUGAGCGGCAAUGGAUUCCAUGGAAAUGUGCCUUCUUCUGUAGGUAAUCUUACUCACCUUUUGAAGCUGGACUUGAGUUCAAAUGGGUUUUCUGGUAAAAUCCCAGAGAGCUUGAGCAACUUACAAGCUCUGGAUUUCUUGGAUUUGAGUUUUAACCGUUUUGGAAACUUUGGGGUUCCUUUGUUUCUUGCUGCAAUGACCAGAUUGAAGGAGGUGCAUUUGAGUGGGAAUUUACUAGGAGGGGAGAUUCCUGAAAUUUGGGGCAAUAUAGGGGGUAUUUUGGGGAUAGGAUUUUCAAACAUGGGAUUGGUUGGUGAAAUCCCAGCUUCCAUGGGGUUGCAUUUGAGGAACUUGUGCUAUCUAGGCCUUGAUAACAACAAGCUUAACGGGAAAGUACCUGAGGAGUUUGGGUUUCUGGAGUUUGUGAAUGAAAUCAAUUUGGAAAACAACAAUCUAAGUGGAAGACUUCCCUUUUCUGCUAACUUCACUGCUAAAUUUGGUGAAAAGUUAAGGUUAAAAGGCAAUCCAGAACUGUGCGUUGAUGAGAAAUUGAGCCAUCGUGAAAGCGUUGGCGAACUGAAGAAAUGCAGCAAGCCGGACAUUCCCAAUCCAGUCCUCUUCAUUGGGGUUUCUCAUUCUGGGCUGUUAUCAUCUUCAUCAUCUUUCCUUGUUUUUUUGCUGUUUUGGGGUCUCUGGAUACUUUUGGCUUGAUUGAUUAUCAUCAAAGCGCAUGGAAAAAAGAUACUAAUAGUUCUUACAGAAACAACAAGUUAAUACUGGCUAAAACUAAUAGAAAUAUUUGGCAAGUUUAAUUUAGUAGUAGCACUGUAUUUCAGUAGGUAAAAUUAUGGAAUUACCUUUUUAUUUCCUGUUCUGUUUUGGGGAAUGAAUCAAUGAUAAAUUAUUGAUUUUGUAGCUAGUUAUCCAUUUCACUAACAAA